CGUCUUGCCGAGCUUCCCCGUGGCUUCUGUCAGACAAAGUCAUUAGGAAAUCCCGUGCUGCUCGCAAAUGGCCUCACCUUUGAAAGUAUGCAUUAUUGGCUCUGGAAAUUGGCAAUGAAUCACUCUGCAGUACAGUUCUACAUAUGGCAACAGCUCUUCAGUACCUUGCCCAAAUGGUCAUUCAUCAUGCGAGACUGGACAGGGCUCUGCAAUUGCAAAAAUAGUUGGAAACAAUGUAAAGAAGAUUCAGAAAUUUGCCACAACAGUCAAUAUGUGGGUCUUUGAAGAACUGGUUAAUGGCAGGAAGCUAACUGAAAUUCUAAACCAAGAACAUGAGAAUGUUAAAUAUCUGCCAGGAUACAAACUGCCUGAAAAUGUGGUUGCGAUUCCAGACGUGAAGGAGGCUGUACGUGGUGCAGAUCUGUUAGUAUUUGUUGUACCCCAUCAAUUUAUCCGUAAACUGUGUGAUGAAAUAGUUGAUCAAGUGCCCCAGAAAGCUCUUGGCAUAAGUCUUAUAAAGGGAAUUGAUGAAGGUCCCGAAGGACUAAAAUUGAUCUCUGAUAUAAUCAGGGAGAAAAUGAAGAUUGAUGUUAGUGUAUUAAUGGGGGCCAAUAUAGCCAAUGAGGUUGCAGCGGAGAAAUUCUGUGAAACUACAAUAGGCAGCAAAAAUGUACAAAAUGGAAAUCUUUUCAAAGAGCUUCUGCAAACAUCCAAUUUCCGGAUAAGUGUGGUGGAAGAUGCGGAUACUGUGGAACUGUGUGGAGCACUAAAGAACAUUGUUGCUGUUGGUGCUGGUUUCUGUGAUGGUCUUCGCUGUGGAGAUAACACUAAAGCUGCAGUGAUUCGCCUGGGCUUAAUGGAGAUGAUUGCAUUUGCCAAACUCUUUUGCAAAGGAACAGUGUCUGAGACAACAUUCUUGGAAAGCUGUGGUGUUGCAGAUGUUAUUACAACUUGUUAUGGUGGACGAAAUCGGAAGAUUGCAGAAGCUUUUGUAAAAACUGGAAAGACUAUUGAACAGUUGGAACAGGAGAUGUUGAAUGGCCAGAAACUCCAAGGUCCUCAGACUUCAGUGGAAGUGCAUCACAUUCUCAAACAGAAGGGAAUGGUAGAUAAGUUUCCUUUGUUCACUGCAGUGUACCAGAUUUGCUAUGAAGGCAAGCCAGUGAAAAACUUGAUAGCCUGUCUGCAGAGUCACCCAGAACACAUGUAGAAAACUGAAUUACUUAGUGUUGCUCUUGCAUGGGGAUAAUAUGAAAUAAUCAAGUGUGGAUCACCAACUAGAAGAGAUCGUGCGCAACUAACUAUGAAGUAGACUGUGUGACACCAAUCGGUCAUAUCAGUAAGUGAGCCUGACCUUCAAUGGAGGUUCCAUUGUAUCGUCAGUUAAUGUUUGCAAUGUUGUGAUUGACUUAAAUAAAUUUACAGUUAAUGCCUUAGUGGGCAAGAGGCUUAAUGAGUGCCUGUUCAUGAUGGAAAUACAAUAGCAGCUGGAUUGCAUGCACAUUGGCAUGAUAUUCAGGUAAGCGUUUGUGCAUCAAUUAAUUUAGUUCUUAAAUGUUGGAUCAAGAUGCUCAUGAAAAUCUGUUGUCACUAAUUGUUUUGCUCUAUUACAGAGGAGUGCCUAAUUACUUUAAAAUUCUUACUAAAAGGUUAAUUUUAUUACUAAUAUGACUUUCUGAAAAUCCAUUAUUUUAAGACAUUGUUGUCUGUUAUAAGCAUGAGAUGUUUACUAUAAUUAAUUGCACACCUUGCUUUUUCUAGGUUUUAGCAGAGAAGUGAACAAAACGCCAUUUAAAAAUAAAAUAGACUUUCUUAGAUCAAAACAAUUUAGUGACAUCUUAUGUUGUUAAGUGACAAUAGAGUGUCUAUUCUUAAUGGUAGGACUCUGGCCAUGAACCCAAAGUUUGAGUUCAAGCCCCAGUCUAGAGUCUUGGACACACAAUCUAAGGUGACACUUCAGUAUAGUAUUGGGAGAAUGUUUACAUAUGCAAUUAUAUUUCAAAAACAUAAUUGGCCUUAAAACACUUCGGGAUAUUCUUAGUUAUGAACUAUGUUAUGUCAGUGCAAGUUUUCUAUUUCUUCCACUUGGCAUUUCUGAGACUAUUGCCACAUGGUAUUUUGUAUUGUUGGUAGGCUGACCUGCUAAUCCAGCAAGUUGUGUUCUUUUUAAUUAAUCGGUUUCAAGGGGUAAGAUUGUGUGUACCAACACAUCACUAAUAUGUGUCUGCAUGGCAUUGACUGGGAGAUAUGAAGGGCAUUUGCCUCAUCCUUAAUUUUAGAUCAGUACUAGCAGUUGAGACACUUGCUAACUUAGCCCUAGAUUUGUUCUUUGUGGGUGAUAUAGGAAAGCAACAAAGAGCAUGAUCCUUCUCAUCUUUAUCCAACAAUGGUGAAGUUCAGAUAUGAGAUUAAGUUUCUGACAUAUAAGCAGUGUAGGUUCCCUUUACACUACAGACCUCCUAGGUAAGUGACAGAUGACAGACUCUUACCUCUUUGGAAAUUUCAGAACCAAGCUGUGAGGUAGAUUUCUUCCUGUUGUGGAGGAGGAAGGUACAAUCCUAUUGAUGACUAUUCUGAAAUGACUAUUGACCUUCCAAUAUGCAUAUUUCUCAGUUUUUUUUAGCAUCCAGAUUUAGCAAUGGACCUAGCAGUUUUUUCAUUGGUCCUCGGUAAAUAGGUGAUAAGAAACUAAAUUGGAAUAAAUGCUGUGAUAUGAUGUUAUCUAGAGAUUGCAUACAAUGAUGAAAAACAAUAUAUUCGGGCUGUAAGAUAACUUGCUUUAAGAGAGGCGGACAGGUAACCGUAAGUUGUCGUACCAUGCUAGACAUUCAGAAGCAGGUCAACCUACGUGAUGUAGUUGCUAAGUUGAUACUUGAAUCAUAAAAGAUGGAUAAUACUCCACGACAUUUUGAUUUGAGUCAGUCAACUCGAUUCACGAACGGAAUCAUAAUCUAACAAAGUGGGCUCAGAUACUUUUCAUUCAGCACAAGGUAGUCCUGCAAGCUAGUGUCCUAAUUACAACUGUGGCCAGACAAGCAAUGGGAAGCUUGCAGGUGGUGUGUGAUAGUAGGGUGAAACCUCUAGCUGAUUAAAUUCCAGCAUACCCCACAUGCUUUGGGAAAUCUCUAAACCUUGACUCUGCCAAUCUACAGUUAAACUCUUUUUGUUAUACUUUUGGUUGCUCUCAUUUACCUUCUUCCCUUCCUUCAGCAUCUCCUCUCAUAUUUCAUCACAGACUGGUUGAGAUUCACUUCACAAUCGCAUAUUAAAUUUGUUCAUCUUCUAUCCUCCACCUAUGUACUUUAUAUGUCCUUCUAUUUAUUUUCUUCUGUGUAUUUACCAUUCUAAUUUAAAAAUAAUCUGUUCAUCUGAAAUAUAUUCUAGUCCUGAGGAAGAAAUUUUGGACCUGAAACAUUACUUCUGUUUGCUCUCAUGUUGUUUGUUCUGACUAUUUGAGUAUUUUCCAAUCUUUAUUCUUCACUUUUAAUUUUCAGAUUUCUGACAUAUUUUGCUCUCUGCACGUAAGGCACUCAGUGAGCAAUCCACACUGGACAAGCAGAAACCCUAUUUGUAUACAUUUCUCAUGAACUUGAAUUCAAAACUCAAAACUAGUGACAGUUUUUAAAUAAAAGUUCUGAAAUCUCAACUGGAUGAUGAUGCGUUUUUAUAUAUAUCAUGCAUCAAACAAAAAAGGUACUCUGCUUUAUUCUCCAUUCACAUGUGAAGUAAAAAUGAUUUGUAAAUAAAUUGGAUCUCAUUACUGAUACAGGUGAGAAUUUUAAAUAUUCCAUCCUGGUCCCUCCCAAUAAUAAAGGAUGAGGCUGACUUAGAGGUUGGUGUGGUGGAUGUUAAAUCUGAAAGAUGACUCCAACAUUCCCAUUUCUGGAUUUAUCAGAGACAGUCUGCCCAUGGGCAUGAGUUGACUAUUCCACUGCAUACCUAAGAUUUAGUUUUUAUUUUAAAUUUCUCAAAGGCUGAUCAGCUUUCCUGGGAAGCCCGGCUGUUGAAGGAAUCAAGGAGUGAUGGAUCUGGUUAAGUAAGUGGCCAUUCUGCCCACCAUAUCCCUUGUAUCCCUUGCGCAAUCAAAGAACGUGAUGUCCGUCAGCCACAGAUUUCUAUUUUGGGUUUUCAGUAAUCCUUCCCCCAGUCACACCCUGUAUAUCACUGAACACCUGAUCCACAUCCCUUGACUCAGCACCUCCCUUCUCUCUGCUCUGAGGCUGCAGUCCAAUGCUACUGGCCUUUCUGUCCAGCUAGCCUAUCUGACCACCUCUUCACGUGACUGCCUCCAGCUGGAAACCCAAGACAGAAAUGUGGUCUGCAGUAAACCCAUAUUCCAGGUUUCCUGUGAAACUAACUCACUCUCACCUUCAAGUCCUGGUCAGGUCAUUGCAUUUGAAUUGGUAGAUGCGUAACUCUGGUUUACUUACAAAGAUCCUGGACUCUGAAAGUUAUAAUAACACAAGUCACCCAACAGAAAUCAGGCAGUAAGACAGAUAAAUUUGCCCAAGUAACUUACCAACCUGGAUCUGACAUGUACCGACUUCCAAACGUAUCCUCUUAUUUUGAGCAGGUGAUAGGGAGACCAGCUCAAACUGAUGAGACCCUCUUCUUAAAAAUACCCAUCCCUCCCCAGCCCCACCACCAUGGAGGUAAUUUCUGCCACUGAACCCCAUUUCAAUGUUGCACCUGUUCUGUGCACAUUUGCAGUGUACACCAUACACAUGACACAGUGACAUAGAGGGUCUGGAACUGUGCGCACACGUUUUCAAGUGAAAAUGCAGGCACAAUUGCCCUGGAGUUUUGGUGUCAGCAAACCCUGCCCUUUUGAAAUGUAAAAACUGAAAGAACUGCAGAUACUGUAAAUCAAAAAUAGAAAUUGCUUCAAAGCGUCAUUCAACUCAAAACUCUGAAUUUUUUCCACAGAUCCAGCCCUGCUGAACUUUUCCAGCAGUUUCUAUUUUUGUCUUUUAAAAUGUAUGUUUGGUUCUGAGGGUAUCUUUGGGAUCUGACUGUAAUUUUACCUUGUUCCCUGAGCAGGAGAGUAAGAGAGAAUAAACUGCAGGUUUAGAUGACAAAGACAUUCUUUACUAAAAACUUACCUUGCAGGAGUGCAACUCUGUGCAUCACUAGGAUAGGGCCUCCCUUCUCAAUUUGUUCCCUCAUCAACUCUCACCACUACCAUCUACCCAAAACUGGUUCAAAGAUGAAAUCACCCCUCCAUUGUCUCUCAGUUUUACGUACUGAUUUAGGAUAUUCGUACUGGCACUUCACACUAUAACAACAGGUAUCUUGUUUGCAUAGGGACAUCUAACUAUAAUACAUUAGCAGCUUUGAGUUAAGGCAUCUCUGCAACGAUCUGCUGGUCCUGUGGAAUUUGCUAGACUUUGUGCAGCUCAGGUUCCGAUGUACGUAACAACAGUCAAAGAGCUUACCCACCCUGGCACAGCAAACCUGUCAGUAUUUAAAGGGGACAGAAAAAAGGUUUUGUUGAACUGACUGUACACACUCAUUUCAGGACGAGGGGAGUAAGAUAUGCUAAUUAUUGUGAGGAAGUUGAGUAGCUUGGAUAGAGAUCUUUAAUUGCUGGACAGAUGGAAAUUGUGAUUGAUAUAUUUACUUUUUGAAAAUUGCAAUUAGUCACUUCUGGCUGCAAAAACUCCCUUGGUGCUUUGUACAGCUCAGUUGAGAUAUUGAGGAAACCCUCAUUAAACUACUGCUUUAUGGAAUUCUUUCAUUUUGAUUUAGUAUAAACCUCUUAGCACUGAGACCAAUGUAUUGUUCUAUGCAUUCAAACUAAAUUAUUUGAGGCAGAUCAGGCCUCAUUUUCUUGAAAACAGCAUUGUUGGUGACUUGGUGCACCACGAUAUGAAAAGAUGCAGAUUGCAGCAGCUUUUCUACAUUUGUCUCAGGACUGCAUUGGGGAGCAGACCAGUCUUUGCUUUAAAGGAGGCAGCUGGAAAAAGAGUUAUCAAAAACAAUACUUAAAAUACAACCAGGCUGACCAGGCCACCAAAUCUCACUCAGGAAAGUAACUGUGUGAUUGGAGAUAGAAAAUAAAAUUGUAGUAAUGGCAAAGGAGAAAAAAAGUUACACUGCUUCUUUUAAAAGAAAACUUAAUUUUGCCUAUUGCUCCUGCAGAGAGUUCAUUGUUGCAUUUUCUGGAUUAAAAAUUGAUGAAGCCAAGAGAUCGAUUUGAUAUCUUUCCCAUGUAGCCAUUAAUUAAGCUGAAUAUCAAUGAAUAUGAUAAUAGAGCUUUGUUGUUGAACCUAAUGUCAUCUGUACACAAUAUGUGUAUACAUCCAGUUUCAGCAGAGAUCACUAGUUAACUACCUCACUGAAUCAAGGGCUCUGAGACCGAUUUAUAAAGUGCCAACAGUGUGCUGAGGUCAGAGAAACUCCCUUCCAGACUCUACAAAGCCUGUACCAUCCACAAGGGAAAAAAUCAGGAAUGUGAUGGAAUGCUCUGCACUUGCUUGGAUGAAGUAGCUUCAGUAACACUUAAGAGAUAUAACACGAUUCCAUGCAAAGCGGCCUAUUUGAUCGGCAUUCUAUCCACCACCUUAAAUGUCUCUCCCUUCAACACUGACAUACUGUGGCAGCAUUGUGUACCACCUAGAAAUUGCACUGCAGUUCCCCAAAGUUCCUUCAAAAGCACCUCUAAACGUCUACCACCUAGAAGGACACAGCAAUGAAUUAAUGGAAACACUAACCUGCAUAUUCCCCAGGUGCCCCUUCUGAUCACUUUGACUUGAAACAGUAUUGCUGUUCCUUCAUUGUUGCUUGAUCACAGUCCUGAAGCUUCCUUCCCACCAGCACUUUUGGUGUAUCUACACUACAUGGACUUCAGUGGUUUCAUAAGGUGGCCAACACUGUUUCCUCAAGGAUGAUUAGGAAUUGGCAAUAGGUGCUGGCCAUGGCAGUGAUGUUCAUGCCUUGUAAUCAUAUGAAAAUAAAUCGGUGGCAAGCCAGAGUUCCUGCUUGCAUUCUCUGUUGAGGUAUAAAGGUAGAAGAGGAUGAAAGGCUGUAGAAACAGUGUAGUUAAAAGACAUCUGUGCAGGGAGAAACAGUUGACAUUUAUGUUAGUAUUUUGUCAAAACUGAAACUUUUUUGCAUAAAGCUUGUAAUACUUAUUUAAACCUAAACUGUUUUAAAUGGCUUUUUAUUUGUUAAUUAAUACAAGAUCUGUAAAAUAGUCUUCGUUUAAAUUGUGGUAAUCAGAAAUGUUCAUACCUAAUUGUAUGAAGAGUAUGCUCUGAAAGAGUGACAAAUGUGUAUGGAAAGUGUGACCAAGUGCUCCCACUAGAGAAAAUUAAACACUGCCAAGGAAGGUGUGCAAUAAAUUAUUGAUACUGCUAUAAAUGUGUAGAAGUGAAAUUGUGAAAAAAUGAAUUAUAAAUGAAAUGUUUUACAAGUGUAAUUUAUUAACUUUAUAACUCUGCAAGUGGAUGGAUGACUACAAAGUAAUUGUGUAAUAUUUCAUCACUUAUUGGAAUAUCAAAUUUGUGCAUUAACAUUUUAAAAUAAAGAUUAAAAGUGUUCUGA